GCUCCCAGUCAGUCAUCCCGACGGGCGGCCGCGGUGGUGGAGGCGCGCCGCGCGACCAACACGAUAAAGAAAUAAUAAUAAUACCAAUUAUUUAAAUCCGACGAGUCGUCCGGCCCGCCGGCGGCCUAGUGUGUGACCGACCAGUGUUUUAACGGCCACACUGCUUGUCGAACAAGAGAAACUCGAAAUCUCGAAAGAAAGAAAAAUUCAUCACGACCGUAUCGACCUUGCCUUCAAGACUUCACUUCCGCGACGUCAGCCGUCAAAAGCGUUUUGACAUCAGAACUGCCGCCGCUGCACACCCCAGCGACAAGAAGUCAACUUCAAACCGCGCGGCGUUCAGCAAGAGAACAAAAACAACAGCAACAAGCGGUUAGCGAGAAGAGAGAUCAGCUGCAGCAGCAGUCAGCAUGCCGCAGAUGCUGGCCGUGCAGCUGGACCGCGCCAACCGCGCGGUUCCCUGGGGGAUCCGCCUCGGCGGCGGCGAUCAGCGGGGGCCGCUGUGCAUCACGGAGGUCGACGGCGAGACCCUGUCCACGCACCACCUGAGCCCCGGCGACGAGGUGCUCUUCGUCCAGGGCGUGGACGCCAUGCAGCUGCGCGGGGGCGCCGCCGAGGAGGUGCUGAGGCGCGCGGGCCGCACCCUGGAGCUGCUCGUCGCCAAGCCCGAGCGCGCCAACACGCCCGUCAACGUCCCCGAGCCCAUCCACCUGACGGCGACCCCCGAGCCGGAGCCAAACGACAAGGGUCAGGACCACGACGACGAACGAGACAACGACCGGAGCGACGACGACCAGGAUUCUGAUGACGACGACCUCCGAGAGAAGGUAGUGGCCACGUACCUCCGCCUGCGGAGCGACAGGGAUGGCGGACGGAGGCCUUCCAUGCGCAUCGUCCGCGACGACUCCUGGUGGAUCCAGGACCCUGACAGGGAGGACGACCACAACGUCAAGCCCACGGACCGGAUAGGCGCCUGGCCCCUAUCGAGGUCGGCGAGCAGACGAAACUCGGACGGCGGCGGCGGCCGCGGGGUGGACCAGGACGCCGACGACCGACGGCACGCGGAGGCGAGCACGCUCCCGCGGCGCACCAGGUCGCUGAGGGAGCGCCGAGGUCCUGGGGCCGCACCGCAGCAGGGGCACGGCCGCAGCGCGCCCUCAACGCCCUGCAUCCGGGCGGCGCCAGCGACCUACACCUCCACGGCGCCGGCCACGGCGCCGCCCGCCUCCACCAGCCCGUUCCACCUGCAGUUCGAGGAGGCGCUGGACAUCAUCGCGCAGUGCCGCGCGCAGCUCGAGUCCAGGACGCCAUCGAGGGCGCCGUCGAGAGCGUCGCCGAGGCCGGGGGUCAACACCACCCCGGACCUUAUCGACCUCCACACGGAGCUCAGCCCCCAGUACCUGUGGGACCGGCCGGCCUCGCCGACGCCGCCGCCGACGCCCCCGGCGCACGUGUACGACCCGCCGGGCUCGCGGCUCAGCCAGGACUUUUGGCGCGAGUUCGACGAGCGCCUGGAGCAGUCGCGGAGGUCGUCACUGCUUGGCCGCCGGGAGUCGCUGCCCUGGACGGUCACGUGGGAGCGGCCGCCCCCGAGCCCCCACGGCGCCUCACCCCUGCCGCCGCCGAUGCCGCCGUUGCCUCCGCCCCCGCCCCCCGACGGAGCCAGCAACCGGCCUGGACAACAACGGCAUCAGCAGCAGCAGCAACAACAUCAACAGCAGCGGCAGCAGGCGCUGACGAGCAGCGACACCCUGCGUCCCGCAGCCUUCCCGACGACCCCCGACGACUUCCUGGCUCCCCGGGCCCCGCGACCUGCCCAGGGCAGCGACCCGCGCCGAGACCGACGCCAAACGGCGGGGGACGCUGACGUCGGCGAUGGCGGGUGCAGCGCGCCGCCACCACCGCCGCCACCCCCCGCCCCCGGGGGCGGCAUCCCCAGCCUACGGAUCAACUCGGAGAUCGAGUCACGCUCGCGGAGCCCCAGGCCGAGCGCGCCGGGGGAGCCUCCGGCCGCCAUCCAGAACGCCAUGAUGACCAAGGACAAGAAGCCCUUCACGUACACGCCGGGCGGGCUCGACCUGUCGCAGAUCCGGUCCCCGCGCAUCCAGCGACGCAUCAACCGCAACAUGGCGGACGAGGGCGUGGCGGCGCACCCGCAGCAGCAGGCGGCGCCGCCCCCGCCCUCCCCGCAGCAGACCUUCCUGCCCCCGGGACAGGUGCCGCCGCCGCCGCCCCCGCAGCCCGCCGGCCAGGCCAGGUUUGCCGCGCCGCCACCCCCGCCGCCGACCUUCGCGCCGCCGCUUGGCGGGGCGCAGGCCUCCGUGUCGGCGCAGGCGGUGCUGCAGGGCGCCGCCAACCUGCGGCCCACCUCGGUGGCGCCCCUGAGGAGAGAGCCGCCACAGCAGCAGCAGCCCGAGCCGGGCUCGCUCUACAUCGCGCCGCUGGCGGGGCCCGCCCCGGCCCACGCGCCCGCCGUGGCGCGCGCCCAGCUCGGCUCCCUCUACAUCCCCCCCGUGGCGGUAGACGCCGUGGACGCCGGGCCCGCGUCGCCCUCGCCGCCGCCGCCGCCGCAGCGGCACUUCAGCCCGGCGUCGCCCCAGGCCGGGCUCCACAAGGCGCCCACCCCUUGGAUGAGCAGCCAGAGGCAGGCGCCCGCCAGCCCCGCCGCCAGCCCCGCCGCGCAGCCAGGGUCGCGCAUCAUCCCCAUACAGAUCGAGGGUAGAGAGUCCGCCCCGCAGACGCCGCACUCUCCCCAGGAAGCCCAGUUGUCGCAGUGGCAGCGCGAGCAGCAGCUGCGGCAGCAGCAGCGCCAGCUGCAGUCGCCACCGGUGCAGCAACAGGUGCAGCAGCAGGCGCCCUGGCGCACCGUGCACACGCCGACGUCACCGCCGGCCGCUGCUGGCCCCGGGGAGAGGGUCAUCCCCAUCCAGUUCGAGUCGAGCAACGGCACCGUCAGCCCGCCCGCCACCCGGCAGCCACCCCUGUUCCACCCGCAGCAGCAGCAGCAGCAGUUCCACCCGCAGCAACAGUUCCACCCGCAGCAACAGCAGCAGCAGUUCUCGCCACAACAGCAGCAGCAGUUCUCGCCACAACAGCAGCAGCAGCAGUUCUCGCCACAACAGCAGCAGCAGCAGUUCCAGCCACAACAGCAGCAACAGCAGUUCCAGCCACAACAGCAACAGUUUCAGAGGCGACCUCAACAGUACAACAGCGGCCCGGCCACCCCCGAGUGGAGCCCGGGUCCCCCCAUCCAGUCCAACUCGUUCCGGGUUCUGCAGAAGAUUACUGGUACGGACCGGGACGACGACGUUCCCCGGGACCAGCAGCCGGGCAGGAUGAACGAGAUGAACGCGGCACAGCUGCGGAGGCUGCAGCUCAACGACGAGGACCGCGCGCUCAUGGACCGCUUCAAGGCGCAGGUGGACGAUGAGGUGUACCUCCACCAGGAGGCCGACCCCCGGUACCGCGGGGCGGCCAUCCCGUCCAGGGCCUUCAGGAUGCUGCAGAACAUGACGGGCGAGGACGACGGAAGCUCCUCUGCACCGCUGCCCAGUCGCAUCUCCCCCGCCGUCAGAGCGGCACAACAAGCGGUGCAAGACAGCUCCGCCAGCCAGGCUUACGUCCCCCCGUCCGAGCAGACCGCCCCCGAGCCCCGCAAGUACCUGGGCGCCGCCAUCCCCUCCCGGUCCUUCCGCAUGCUGCAGGCCAUGACCGGCUCCGAGAACUGCGCCAAUCCGCCAGCGAGCGAAAACCCGCAAUCAGAGGUGCCUCUUCAGUCAUCCAGUGCUUAA